AGAUUAUUGAAAUGAUGAAAAUAACAAGGAGUAUAAUUUCCGGCAUCUUUGGAUGGCAGAUAUAUAAAGCUUGCAAAGAAUGUUAAAUCAGUAUAGUGAGAAAUCUCCAAGUUGUAGCUAGGAAUAUUCUUUUCGACAUGAAUUUAUCAGCUCAAGAAUACGGUUAUCUCAAUAAUGCGGGCACCGAUCAGGGGACUUUGAACGUGCGUGGCAACUACAACUAUACUGAUAACGAUGGCAACACUUUCCAUAUUUCAUAUAUAGCCGAUGAAAACGGAUUUCAGCCAAAGGGUGCUCACUUGCCCACAAUGUCAGCACUGAUUAAAAAGAUCCUUCAAUACAUCGCCGAACAUCCCGAAGAGAACGGAGAAUAAGGACGUAAUAUGCUAAAAAUAUGAGUAAAAUCGACAAAUUGCAAGCAAACUUUGACAAAAUAAUAGAUCAUAAAAAGCUUAGUGCAUACCGUUGUAGUCGCAGCAAAGAUCGACAGAUAUUUAAUCUUUGUCGAGAUCGACUAUCUCGGACUCGUCUUUUUUUUGUUGUGAUUGUUUUUGUGUUUUUAUAUUUGUAUUUGUAUCAGUAAAUUAUGUACGUAAAACUAUUAAUUUUUGAUUCUAUAGAUAAAGGC